UCAUCAAUCACUAAUUAUUAUUUUUAGUUGGUUCAAUAUAUAGUACAGUUGAUGCCACAUGGGCUAGAAUUACAUGGAGUCCUCCAAACAUUUUAUCUUUAGAUUAUCCAGUCAUUAUGUAUGAAAUUGGCUAUCAACAGUCUAAUGACUUCUGUGAGGAGUCAAUUGAUGUUUUAGCAACAAAUCUAGCUAAUGUUUCCAGUACUAGCUUCAAUAUCACUGGUCUUACUCCUGAUACAAGGUAUGUCUUUGCUGUAAGAGCUUACACUAGCAAUGGAUAUGGUGAAUGGAGUCUCGUUGCUAAUGAAACACUUGCAGCAACAAUUUUUAUAACUGUGGAUAGAUGUGUAGUUCCAACACAAAAUAUUUUAAUUGGAAAUGAAACAAAAAUUACUAGUACUGGCAGUAAAACAGUCAGUAUAGCUUUUGGUACAGCUAUUGCUAUCUUAACUGUGGCACUAAUGAUAAGUCUGGUUGUUAAUAUAUGCCUUUGCUUCUGUAUUCAUCGUCGCAGUAAAAAUAACACUGCUAACAAAGAGCCACUCAAUUUAUGUAUAAACAAUUCACAUUCCAGUCCACAAGAAGAUGAACAAGAGAUCGUGUUGCAGCUAUGCGAGCCAUACAGCCUCAAAAAUGCUAUUUUAGCAAAACAAAACGAAACUGGAGGAGGAGGAGAGGAAAGUAAAGUCAAUCACACAACAUCUGGUCUUGAUGCUGUGUACGAUUAUACUGAUCAUGAUCAAAAUGACUAUCAAGAGUAUGGAAAUGAUCCCGAAUACAUAUACAUACCAAAUAUGGAAGCACUAAAAGAUAAUGCUAAAGGACUAAAGAAUGAUCAUGAUUAUGUGUGAUAAUAACUAUAAAUAUUAAAUUCAAAAGUUAAUAAUAUUGUUUUUUUUUGCCGCAAGACAAUAGUUUAUUAUUGUUAAGGGAUUACAAUGUUAUAAUCACUUCAUCAUUUUUUAAUACAAAACUGCGUGAUAAACUAACGAGGAUUACAAUAACAAGAAAAAAUUAGAGCUAUAAUUACAAAUAAGGCUCAUUCAUGCUAUAAGCACGUACAUGCACAUGUAUAAUAUAUGAAGGACAUGCACAUGUACAGUCACACUUAAUAAUAGGAGGAGAGUUAGUGCAAAAUCAAAA